AUGAAUCACAACCCCCAUAAUAACGAACUCUACCUCCGUCUCCCCACCCCACAUCAAAAUAUCAUCGUCACUCCAUUCCGACCUCACAACCGGGAAGAUGAAUCCGCCUUAGUGGCACACUUGAACGACAUGCGCGUUGCUUCGUGGUUAAUUGGUCCUCCAUUCCCGUAUAAACUCGAGGACGCGAAAUUGUGGGUUGCCAGGUCCAGCGAGAAAAGUGACAAACAACUAGAAGAGGCCAAAGCGCAAUCAUUUGUGGGCGGGUGUCCAUUUAGCUGCAUCCGCGAGGUCCUAGCAGAGGAUGAUGACGGAAUUACAAAGGAUAUUUUGAUUGGAGGUAUCGAUGUUGAGCGGUAUGAGUAUAUAGAUUUCCCGGAGAACAGUGAAAUGAGGCGCGGAGCUGCGGAGAAGAAUCUAGCCCUACCAUUGGGCAGUCCGGAGAUUGAAUGGUCAAUUGGAGACUGGCUGGCAGCGUCGCACCAUGGCCGUGGCAUAAUGACGGCUGUCAUGAAGACAGUCCUGUAUGAUUGGGCAAUCCCUCGCAUGAAUGCUCGCCACUUCAAAGUGACUGCCUUCGCUGGGAACCAUGGCAGUGUAAGGGUGUUUGAGAAGUUAGGGUUCCAGCCUUAUAAAACCCUCGUCGACUGGAUUUCUCUACCCGAGAGUCGUGGGGGUGGGGUUCGCUCCAUAGAAGUCCUUUCAUUGGAUUUGGAAUAUUAA